AUGGGUCGUACGGUAUCGGAAUUAAUCUCGUGUAUCGAUAGUGAUGCAGAACUCUAUCAUGAUAACCUAUAUAAAAGCUGCAUCCCAAAGUGGAUGUCGUCCUCUUGUAACGGUAAUGUUCAGAGGCCAUCAAGCGGACGCGAAUCGCUUCCCUUUGAACCAUCAUCACCACAACGCAGUCAGUCCUGCGUGAAUCGUCCACAUGGUGCAUAUAGUCUUGGAUGUACUUCCUGCUCUAUUUUAUGUGUGGCUCAGCAACAACAAGCGAUGGAAUGUCCGACUGGUCGUAUCUAUGAUCCAACAUCAAAUCGGUGUUUAUCAAAGGCUGAUGUGAUGCUUCAUAUCGCUUUGACAUCGUUGCGUAUCGUUGUGUUUCCAAGUCGUCAAACUCCAACGCCAAACUUCUGCAGCGGACAUCCGGAUGAUGCUUACGUGAUUGGAUGCUCUGCAUCGUACUUCAUUUGUAUAUCUAGACGCGCGAUUUUCAAUCGUUGCUCAGGUGGCAUGGUGUUUGACAUUACUGUAAAGAUGUGUCGUUAUAAGAGUAAUGGCCUUUACGCGAUGGGAUGUUCAUCUCGUUUCUAUUCAUGCUUCAACGAUUAUCCGUCGUAUUAUUGGUGUCCUCGUAACCUUGUCUUCGACACAUGCACACUCACAUGCGUUAAAAAGGUAACGAUCGAAAAGUGUAAAGUGUAUGAGAAGAAUAUGUAG